GCUACUUACGUUUUGAUCCCCUAGGGAUGACUUCACGAAGUGUAGCUGCUUGUGAUGGUAUUCCUGCUCCUUUGUGAUUGUGGCUGGAAGACUGCUUUAAGUCUUACGUUAGCGACUUGUUUAUGCUGCCUGUGGUUCAGUCGAUCAACAACUUUCUUUGGAGCUCUUUGCCAGGCAGGUUAGCAGGGGUGGGUGGGAAGAGACAUAGCGCAUAAGACGAUCCGGACAUCCUUGGUCCUUAACCUCCUGGAGCUUCAAGGUGUUUUGAGAGAUGUAGGCAAGCAGGAUGUCAUGUGGCCUGUGCUUUGGACCGUGGUACGGACCUAUGCUCCCUAUGUCACCUUUCCUGUGGCCUUCGUGGUCGGGGCUGUGGGCUACCACCUGGAAUGGUUCAUCAGGGGAAAGGACCCUCAGCCCGUGGAGGAGGAAAAGAGCAUCUUGGAACGUCGAGAGGACCGAAAGCUGGAUGAGCUGCUAGGCAAGGACCACACUCAGGUGGUGAGCCUUAAGGACAAACUGGAAUUUGCCCCCAAAGCAGUCCUGAACAGAAACCGUCCAGAGAAGAAUUAAUGGAGGGCCCAGGUCCCUGUGGUCCAAAGGGCUGUGACGUGCCCUGCCGCCAUGUCGACCCAGCUUCAGAACAUACAUCUGAUUUGCUUUGCUGCUCACUCCGGCCCCUUCUGCACCCCACAGCCACACACACACUGGUUGGCCCUUUAUGGCUGUGCAGCUGCAGCAGUGGGGGCCGACCCAGAGGAAGACUGCGAAGAGGAAGACUGCGUCUGCUGAAUGGGCUGUGUCACGACAGUGCAGGCUUCUGAUCUUACCUGGGAGCUCCAGCCCAGGGGAAUGAACACCGCUCUCAGGCUCCCUAGGGAGGGGCAUGGCCUCAGCUGGGAAUGGUUGGGGUUUGUUGUUGCCAUUAGGAGGGGCAACCUCCAUGUCUAGUUCUAGUUUUUGCACUGGAAAGAAUCAGAAAUCUCCCUGGCUCCCUUGAUGGGUUUUUCCUAUUCUCUGGCACAUGUGUCCCUUUAUCGGCUCAGGAGUAGAUUCUCAGGGGAAGGAAAGCAUGUUUCUGCUGUGGGGAGCUCAGGCUGUUUACCUUGGGGCAGAAGGGGUGUACACCUGGAGAUAAUCACUGUCUUCCACCCUUCCUCACUGUGUAGUGAGAACCUCAAUUAAAGUGGCGCCUGAGACACA